AUGAAAGAUUUUCUUGCCACAACACCAGCCGAGUUACGUUUAACGGUAGCUUUGGAUCUAGUACAAACGUGCGAUUAUGCACCUUUGGCACUCAAAGCGUUGCGGUUCUUACGACACCAUGCCAUAGCAUACGACAACAUCGAAGCCAAAGUCAAGCUUUAUACCCUUUACACUACCAAUGAAAACGAGAAAAGUGGAAGCAGCAGCAGCGGUGUUGUCCAAGCAAAUGCACGUGAAGCGGACUUAUGGACAUAUAGCUUAUACGACAAGUCGAUCACAGACGCGUUGUAUGCAUGCAACGAUAUUUUGACAACGGACGAUCGACCAGUGACGGAGAUGAUUGGUGACAAUAACAAUCCACAGCAAAAAAAGAAACCUGACAUUGCCUAUUUGGCGGGGAUUUUGACAACUCGAGGUGUUGGUUGUAAACAAGAUGUACAACGUGGUAUGAUCCUUUUGCAGAGAGCGGCACAAUUGGGCCAUGCCAAAGCAGCCUAUGAGCUUGGAAAACUAUGGGAUGAUGGCUACAGCUAUUCACUACGAGAUCGAUCCAAGGCUAUACCUUGGUAUAAACGAGCAAUAGAACUUGGUGAUAAACGUGCACACGUUGACUUGGCGAACGAUUGCUAUGCUGCACGUGAGCCUGCACGUGCUCGUGAGCAUGCUAUGCAAGGUGCCCAAUGGCUCAAUAACCGUUUUUGUCAAUAUCUACUUGGUGUUCUUGCGUUCUCAUCAUCGCUAUCCAUGUCCAAUACCACCACUAUGGCAGAGGCACUCAAAUGGCUUACAGCUGCUGCACAACAAGACUUUGCGCUUGCUAUUGAGGAGACAGCGCGUCUUUAUUUCAAAAUCCAAAAGGACUACGCUCAAGCAUACCGAUGGUGUAGCACCACUAAAGCUGGUGACAUUCCUUUUUGUCAAACAGUGCUAGGUGAUCUAUACCGAAAUGGGUGGGCAGUUUCACGCGAUUAUAGCAAGGCAUUUACACAUUAUCAACAUGCAGCAUCCCAUCGAGAAUCCCCCAACCAUUAUGCACAACACAUGAUUGGUGAAAUGUAUCUCCAAGGGCAAGGUGUCACCCAAGAUAUCAAAUCAGCCAAGUCAUGGUUUGAGCAAGCAGCAUCCCAAGGUUAUGAACCAUCGCGUCAAAAGCUAUAUGACAUUGUGCACAAUUCCCCCGUCACUACUCCCACCCCUCAGAAAAAGUCAUAUAGAUGGUCCGCUUUGAGUUUGUUUGGGAGACGAAAGUAA